GAGUGGUUAAAGUUUUCAAAGCGGUGGCAGCAGCGGCGCUUGGGGGAAUGGAAGCCGGUUGGAGGGAGCCGCGCACCCCUGCUGCGCGGAGGAGGGGGCUGAGCUGAACUCAGCAGAGGUUACACGCACAAGGCAAGAAUUCUGACGUUCUCAAGAGGCCAGCUCUGCCCCCGUUGCUCAACUGACCUUAUCAUGUGGACUCUGCUCCUCCAGGUGGGAACUGGAGUUUUGAAAUAAAAUGGAUGAUUUGACAUUACUUGAUCUUCUGGAGUGCCCUGUGUGCUUUGAGAAGCUCGAUGUCACAGCCAAAGUCCUCCCUUGCCAGCACACCUUCUGCAAACCAUGUCUACAGAGGGUUUUCAAGGCCCACAAAGAGCUGCGGUGCCCCGAAUGCAGGACGCCUGUGUUUUGCAGCAUCGAGGCGCUGCCGGCCAACCUGCUGCUCGUGCGCCUUCUCGAUGGAGUGCGCUCAGGGCAGAGCUCCGGGAGAGGAGGCUCCUUCCGCAGGCCCGGCAUGAUGACCUUGCAGGAUGGCAGGAAAAACAGGACCAACCCCAGACGUCUGCAGGCCAGUCCUUUCCGGCUAGUGCCUAAUAUCAGAAUCCACAUGGAUGGGGUACCUCGAGCAAAGGCCUUAUGCAACUACAGAGGGCAAAAUCCUGGUGACCUAAGGUUUAAUAAGGGAGAUGUCAUCCUUCUCCGGAGACAGCUUGAUGAGAAUUGGUACCAGGGGGAAAUCAAUGGCAUCAGCGGGAUCUUCCCAGCCAGCUCCGUGGAAGUCAUCAAGCAGUUGCCCCAGCCACCCCCGCUCUGCAGGGCCCUCUACAACUUCGACCUACGAGGCAAGGACAAGAGUGAGAACCAGGAUUGCCUGACCUUCCUCAAGGAUGAUAUCAUCACUGUGAUCAGCCGAGUGGAUGAGAACUGGGCAGAAGGCAAGUUAGGAGAUAAAGUAGGCAUCUUCCCUAUCUUGUUUGUAGAGCCAAACCUCACCGCAAGACACCUUCUAGAGAAGAACAAAGGUCGCCAGUCAUCCCGCACAAAAAACCUGUCCCUGGUGUCCUCAUCCUCCAGAGGCAACACAUCUACCCUCCGUAGGGGCCCAGGGUCCAGGAGGAAGGGGCCCGGGCAAUUUUCCAUCACAACAGCCUUGAACACUCUCAACCGGAUGGUCCAUUCUCCUUCAGGACGCCAUAUGGUAGAGAUCAGCACCCCAGUGCUUAUCAGCUCCAGCAACCCCUCUGUGAUCACCCAGCCCGUGGAGAAAGCAGACAUUCCUUCCAGCUCAGCGGGACAGGUCAGCACUUAUCACCCCGCACCUGUCUCUCCAGGACACUGCACAGCCAUGGUCGGUCUGCCGGGCUCCCAGCAACACCUCUCAGCAAACAUGUUUGUAGCCCUGCACUCCUACUCAGCCCAUGGACCCGAUGAGCUGGACCUGCAAAAGGGAGAAGGUGUCAGGGUCCUGGGGAAGUGCCAGGACGGCUGGCUCAGGGGCGUCUCCUUGGUCACCGGGCGAGUUGGCAUCUUCCCGAACAAUUACGUCAUCCCCAUUUUCAGAAAGACCUCUAGUUUUCCAGACUCCCGGAGCCCUGGUCUUUACGCCACAUGGACGUUAUCCACCUCCUCUGUGUCCUCCCAAGGCAGCAUUUCAGAAGGUGAUCCCCGGCAAAGCCGUCCAUUCAAAUCCGUCUUUGUGCCCACUGCCAUAGUCAACCCCGUGAAGAGCACAGCCGGCCCUGGGACUUUAGGACAAGGGUCUCUUCGGAAAGGGCGGAGCAGCAUGAGAAAGAGUAAGUGGUGGCAGAGAGAUGGAUCCCUGCAGAGACCCAUCCAGUCCGGGAUCCCCACUCUCGUGGUAGGCUCCCUCAGACGCAGCCCCACCAUGGUUGUUCGGCCUCAGCAGUUCCAAUUCUACCAGCCACAGGGGGUCCCCUCCUCCCCCUCGACCAUGGUGGUGGACAUGGGGUCCAAGCCUGCCCUCACGGGGGAGCCCGCCCUCACGUGCAUCAGCAGGGGCAGCGAGGCCCGGAUCCACUCGGCAGCCAGCUCCCUCAUCAUGGAAGACAAGGAAAUCCCCAUCAAGAGUGAGCCUCUGCCAAAACCACCUGCAUCUGCCCCACCAUCCAUCCUGGUGAAACCAGAAAACUCAAGAAAUGGCAUAGAAAAGCAAGUCAAAACUGUGAGAUUUCAGAAUUACAGCCCUCCUCCCACCAAACAUUACACCUCCCAUCCCACCUCCGGAAAGCCUGAACAGCCGGCCACCCUCAAGGCGUCCCAGCCUGAAGCAGCGUCCCUGGGCCCAGAGAUGACCGUCCUAUUUGCCCACCGAAGCGGCUGCCACUCCGGACAGCAGACAGACCUCCGGAGAAAGUCAGCUCUUGGCAAGGCCACAACCCUGCUGUCCACUGCCUCAGCCACGCAGACCGUGUUUCCCAGCAAAUGAACCUACGGGUGGCUUUUCCUAGACCCCAAAGAGAACCUGCUUUGGUCAUCUUCCCAGGACGAGUUCCUGACAACUGGGAUGCAGAAGACAGCAAACGAUCUGCCGGGAUGGAAACUGCUCAAUAGAGAGUUUGUGGACUGCAUGAUAUUCCUUGAACAUCAGGGAUGGUACAGGGAUACCAAUAGUCUGGCCUCCAAGACAGCAGAGUAAUAGGAGGAAGAGCAAAUCUGUCUUCACCCACAGUAUUAAUGGGUAGUGGGCCAGAAUGGAGAAGAGCUAGCGAGUCAUGUGCUGCUACAGGUUACACCAGACUCCCAUCCCUCUGUUACUCACUGCUGUUGUCAAAGCCAAACUUUAUCUUGCUAAUUUCUCACAGCUUGGCACCUAACAAAUGACAAGACAGGACAUCCAAUGCCUUCCAGCUCUGUGGUCUGGCCUGUCUCUCCAGAUCAGAAUUAGAGUGAUGCAGCAGAUGACAUCAUAUUCUCUCUGCAUCCCUCUGCCACAUCUUCAUUCUUUUCCAUUCUGUCUUUUCCCCCGAUACCUUCUGACCCCAGGGAUUUCUAAUAGAACAUAGUGAUCAAGGAAAUAAAGACUUGGUACAUAAAGAGUCUCAGACAAGAAAAAAAUUCAUGAUGUUAUAUGAAAGAUACCAAACUGUAAUGCUUACAAAGAGGCUAUUUCAAGUAGAAAGAUAUAAAUAUCACUUAUAACCAUGCAUCCUUUAUGUUCAUAAAUAAGUCAUCAUAAAGAACAAGCCAUUAGAAGACAUUCUACUCCUUGUUUUUUUUUAAAUAAAAAAGGCUAUAAUCUAAAAUACAAUUUUAAAAUUACCUGUGCUAACCUGCAAGAGACAUUGCUCACAUAAAUGAAAUUCAUAAAUACCCUGAUGUUAUUUGAACCAUGUAUUUUCAUCUUCUCCUCCUCUCUUAAGACAUCAAUAAGAAUUUGAUUUUUAAAAGCACAUGCUGCUCUGACUAUCAAAGACAAUAACACAAGUGCAGCAUCACUGGGAUAUGUUGGUUGUUUUAAAGUUCCGAUCCUAAUUUUACACUGAAGCAUCCUCAGUUUUUCAUUCAGCCCUGCUUGUAAACAGGAACCAGCAUCAGCCAAACCAGGAUCAGAGUAAGGAUUGCAUCUGUAGGUUACAGAAAUAUUUUCUUCUAUGUGAAACUGUCACAUGCAGGGGUUAAACUGGCAGCCAUCUUUUAAUGCGAUGAAUAAUUUGGACUUCUUAGCCACACCCUUCUCUCGGUUAACCACAGGAGGAAGUGAUAAUACACCACCAGAAGCCCCAGAGUUCUGGCUUUAUCUGCUACGUGGCAGGUGAGAAGGGAAGAGGUGUGAUUGAGCACACUGGCUAUUUACGCCUUGUCUUCAAAGCCCUCUUAGUCACAUUUCCAUCUUCAUGCACUGGCUUCCGCCUUACAACUGAACAAUAGGAAACCACCACUCCUAAACCACCACUCCUAAUUUUUUUAAAAAACACGUCCUGUUUUUUAAGUCUCUGGGAACUUUCCACGAGGUAUAGUGGAGGGUUUCAUAAGGAUUUAGCUCUUCCUUCGAACCUGCUUAGCCAGUAAACCAGAUAUUUUUUAAAACACAGCAUACAGAUUCCAAAUGAUCAAGGACCACAAAGUGUUGGGGAUGUCAGGGAGGAGGCAAGGAUGGGCUUGAAUGAUCACAAAGAGCCAACCCGGAAAUGUGCAGUAGAAUAGUUUGCUAAUGGUGACAUCUGAGUUUCAUCUCCCGGAAUUAUUGUUUCUUAUUACUACACUUCGGGUCAAGGGGAAAGGGUGUUAAGGGUAAAAAGAGGAAGGAGAAAAUAAAGAGAAAAAUUCACACCUCCAUGGAAACAUAAGCAGAAAAACUAUAGACUCUUGUGUCUCUGCUUAUUUUUUUAAGUAUAGUGUUUUUAACAGACCAAAGAGAAUCUCUAUGAGUUAAUAUGUAUGUGAAUAAUGUUUAUAAAAGGGGUAUAAUGUGUUAGUCAUUAUGGAAUAUUGUAUAAAUAAACCUUACAUAUAUAGCAUACAUAAAAAAAUGAUUGCUUAGGGCAGUGGACACUUAAGGACUUCCAAAAUUUUUGUAUCUUCAUCCCAAAAAAUAGAGCGUUCCAGGGCUGGCAACUUAUUUCCUUAGUAUAUUCCACUGUAAAGCCAAGAGGUGUAGGGGCUUGUUUUCUGGUUUUGUAAUUUGUAAUAAUCUGUAUGGAUUACUGUAAUAUGUCUGUUGCAUGUGUGUUGGUGUUGUUUACCCAUAUGGAGUCAUCAGGGAUUUGUUCCACACUUUGUAUCCUGGAAAACCAAAAGGAAUUUUCAUUUUUUUGAGACAGAGUCUCACUCUGUCGCCCAGGCUGGAGUGCAGUGGUGCCAUCUUAGCUCACUGCAAGCUCUGACUCCCAUAUUCAAGCGAUUCUCCUGCUUCAGCCUCCCGAGUAGCUGGGAUUACAGGCGCAUGCCACCUCGCCCUGCUAAUUUUUUGUGUUUUUAGUAGAGAUGGGGUUUCACCGUGUUAGCCAGGAUGGUCUCGAUCUCCAGACCUUGUGAUCUGCCCACUCGACCUCCCAAAAUACUGGGAUUACAGGUGUGAGCCACCACGCCCGGUCUGGAAUUUUCUAGUAAGAAGAAAAACAUACAGAAUGUGUCUUCACUGUUGGGUAACUCUCAAAUUUGUAGCACUCUGAAUUUUUUGUAAAACUGUGCUAAUGGAAUGCUUAAUGUCAGAGUUAUUGUCUCACUUCAAUAUCUAGUAUUGGAUAAUGUUUCUCCUGGGAGCACAGAUUUUUUUUUUCAAGUCCUUUUUUCCUGGACUUAACAUGUUCUUCUAGAAGACAUCAGAAGUCAUGACCCUAAGCCACCUCCCUUCAGGACCACUUUCUACCAUCGGUUUUCAAAAAACUAUCCACAUGUUAAUUCUGUUUUAUGUUCUGUGAUUCUGUGGUCGACUCAGUGCUUCAGAGUCCAGAGAUUGACUUGGGUUAGUGGCCCUAAUGAAGUGCUAAAUUUUCUCUUUACCGCCGAGACUGAUCAGAAGAAGCAAAAGGGGAAAGGGGGCUAGAGGUCCACUCACACCUUUUACAUCAGACGAGAGGAGAACUGUGCCAGAAAUCUGUGCAUGAAACACCAUCUGCUCUUCAUGCAGGGAGGGGUCAACCGUGUGAACGUGUAGAGAUUACUCGAGCCUCCUUUGCCAAAAACGUGCAUUGUUCCCAGCUGUAAGUGUGUGAAGCCUAAUACGUCUUUUAGCAUGAAACAAUAAAGUGUUUAUUUUCAUUUAA